AUGAAGGGACACUUCUCAGUAGAGUGGCUCUCACAGAGCAGCCAGAUCACGGACAGCCACCAGCCUGCUGUUCCCGUUUCCACAGCAGCCCUGGGGGUUCCGCAAAUGCCCAGCACCUCCGGGACCGUCUCAGAGAGCCUCCCAGGGUUCUACAGGCAGUUUAGGCCGGUCCAGGGGCCACCUCAGGAGGCCGUCAAAGAGAACCACACUGGCUUCACACAGAACGGGCAGAACCAGGAGGUCAGAAUGAACCUUCAGCAAUGUGUUCAAGGUCAAGAGACAGGGUUUAGCACAGAGGAAGAAGAAACGUCUGGCUAUGAGAGCGAAGGUGGGCGAUCGCUGUCCCCCAGUGGGAUGAAGGACAGCGCCCAGCCAGCAGUGUCACCAUCCAGUGGCCGGAGGCCUCGUACGGCCUUCACGGCAGAGCAGAUCAACAGCCUGGAGAAGGCCUUCAAAAGGAACGCUUACCUGGGCACUCAGGACAAAGCUGAGCUCUGUAAGAGGCUCCACCUCUCAGAUAAGCAGAUCAGGAACUGGUUCCAGAACCGGAGGAUGAAGCUGAAGCGGACGGUGCAGGACGCGCUGGCACACGCCUGCCAGGCCAAGGUGGCAUCUCACCUGAUGCAGUACCCCGAGCUCCAGGGCUACCGCCCGGCGCCUUACCCCACUACCCACUACUACCACCCACAGGAGUCUUCUGCGGCCUACAUGACCCCUUCCGGCCUCCACUACAACCCUGCGGCGAGCGGUCAUCUGCACAGCCUACCCGUGGACGCCCUUUAUCAGUACAGUGGGCUGUCGACCCUGGCCGUAGCCCCUGGGGGCACCCCAAGGAUGGUGCCGUACCAGGCCUACACUCAUCAGUAUUAG